CCCAGGGUUGGGAACAGAGUUGAGAUGAAGGGGCAGAGAUGGAUAAUCGGCAAAGAAGACAGGGAGGGCGAGGAGGAAACACAGAGCAGCGCCAGCCUCAGGCCUGGACAGCAGAAGUCCAGGUUGCUGGAACAGAAAGGGGGAACCUACUGUGUGCUGUUACCGAAAAUAAAUGGGAUGACGACUGACAGGGAUAGAUCACAAAGGAGGUCAAAAACGGUGUCCAGGCACUGCGCUCAGUGCUUUACGUGGAGCGUCUCCAGAUCGUGCCGACAGCUUAUAAGUUGGAGGUCCCAUUUUUCUGAUGAGGAAACUAAGCUCUGUUUUCUCCGGACACUGCCCUUCUACCAGAGAGGAGCCUGAAGGAAAAAGACAGAGAACCUGUCAUAAAUUCUUAAGUUCUUAAAGCCAUGUCCAAGGAUUUGGUGACAUUUGGGGAUGUGGCUAUAGAUUUCUCUCAAGAGGAGUGGGAAUGGCUGAAUCUUGCUCAGAGGAAUUUGUACAGGAAGGUGAUGUUGGAGAACUACAGGAACCUGGUGUCACUGGCAGGAGUCUCAGUUUCUAAGCCAGAGGUGAUCUCACUGCUGGAACAAGGGAAAGAGCCCUGGAUGGUGAAGGAGGUGGGGACAGGAGGCACUUGCUCUGAUUGGGAGUAUGCAUUUAAAAACAGUGAACUUUCAUCAAAGCAAGUUAUUUAUGAAGAAUCAUCCAAAGUAGUGAGAAUGGGAAGAAGCCAUCUUGGUUAUAACCUUGAUUGCUCCAGUUUAAGAGAAGACUGUAAAACUGGGGACUGGUUUAAGAACAAGUUGGGAAGUAAGGAGGUCCAUCCUAGUCAACUGAUCAUCACUCAUAAAGAAAUCCGCACUGAAGAUCAAAGUAAUGAAUACACUAAAUCUUGGCAAACUUUCCACCAGGAUGCAAUAUUUGCUCUAAAACAGGGCUUUCCCACCAAAGAACGAGUACAUAAGCAUGAGCCACAGAAGAGAAGUUACCGAAAAAAAUCUGUGGAAAUGAAACGUAAGAAAGUCUAUGUAGGGAAGAAACUUUUGAAAUGUAAUGAGUGUGAGAAAGUCUUCAACCAGAGUUCAUCCCUUACUCUUCAUCAGAGAAUUCAUACUGGGGAGAAACCCUAUGCCUGUGUUGAAUGUGGGAAAACCUUCAGCCAGAGUGCAAAUCUGGCUCAACAUAAGAGAAUACACACUGGGGAGAAACCCUACGAAUGUAAGGAAUGUAGGAAGGCCUUCAGCCAGAAUGCACACCUUGCUCAACACCAGAGAGUUCACACUGGAGAGAAACCUUAUCAGUGUAACGAGUGUAAAAAAGCCUUCAGCCAGAUUGCCCAUCUGACCCAGCAUCAGAGGAUCCACACUGGAGAGAGACCGUUUGAAUGUAUUGAAUGUGGCAAGGCCUUUAGUAAUGGUUCAUUUCUUGCUCAGCACCAGCGAAUUCAUACCGGAGAGAAACCUUAUGUUUGUAGCGUGUGUGGGAAAGCCUUCAGCCACCGUGGUUACCUAAUCGUACACCAGAGAAUUCACACCGGAGAGAGACCUUAUGAAUGUAAGGAAUGCAGGAAAGCCUUCAGUCAGUACGCACACUUAGCUCAACACCAGAGAGUUCACACUGGAGAGAAACCUUAUGAGUGUAAGGUGUGUAGGAAAGCCUUCAGCCAGAUUGCAUACCUUGAUCAGCAUCAGAGGGUCCACACUGGAGAGAAGCCCUAUGAAUGUAUUGAAUGUGGGAAGGCCUUCAGCAAUAGUUCAUCGCUGGCACAACAUCAGCGAAGUCACACUGGAGAAAAACCUUACAUGUGUAAGGAAUGUAGGAAAACAUUCAGCCAGAAUGCAGGCCUUGCUCAGCAUCAGCGAAUUCACACAGGAGAGAAGCCUUAUGAAUGUAAUGUGUGUGGGAAAGCCUUCAGCUACAGUGGCUCUCUCACUCUGCAUCAGAGAAUUCACACUGGAGAGAGGCCCUAUGAAUGCAAGGACUGCAGGAAAUCUUUCAGGCAGCGUGCACACUUGGCUCAUCAUGAAAGAAUUCAUACUAUGGAGUCAUUCUUGAGUCUCUCCUCUCCCUCACCCUCCAUGUCCAGCCAGUUGCCAAGACCUGUAGGUUUUAUAUCCUAAAUAUGCCUUGAAUCUCGCUCCUUUAAUCAUUUUCAUUCCAUCAUCUUUGUCCAGUACACAAUAAUCUACUUGACAUGGACUAUGGAAAUAGCUUUCUAACUGGUUUCCCGUAUUUACCACUUACUCUGUCAGUUGUCCACACUGCAGACAAACUUGUAUUAAAAAUAGUUUGAUCACAUCACUCCUCUCAUUAAAACCUCUCAGUGGCAUCCCAUAGUUGUUAACGUUAAAGCACACGUUCCUCAAAAUAGCCUAAAAGACCUUCCUCCAAUACCCUGUUCCAGUCUACCUUACAAAGCCCCAUCUCAUUGCCAGUAUCCAUUUCAUUCUUUGGAGACUUGUCCAGAAUUAUAAACUCAUAUUCCAGC